UUUAAUUUCAACUUAACCUCAUUUUUCAUUUUAAAAAUAUUAUAGUUUCUUUUCUUCAUGAAAAGUGAUUCUAUUUCUAUUUAUCAGUGCUGUAUCCAUGGAUUAAAACCGGCAGCAAACAAUCUGCUUGUGUUUAACAUUUAUCUUUUAAUACUUGGACUUUGGACUGUAAAACAGUAGGUAUAUAAAACCAGUUUAGAUGUGCAGGCAUUUAUUAUUUCUAUACCGUAAUAGAUUCAUGAUAAUGUAGCUUCAUUUCAAAUAAUUAUUCUGUAUCAUCUUAUAAACAUUAUUUUUUACUCAAGCUUGAUGAAACAGCGCCCGUUUAAAGACUGUGUCACACGAGAGUGAAGAAGCGACAGACUAGAGACUAAUAUAGACUAAUAUGUAUAUAGGUAGCAAUGGUUAUUCUCAUAGACGGCGGUUUCUCAUAUGUUACUGAACAUAUAACUGACGAAUAUGAUAAAACUCAUCCUCUUUGGAAUUCCCAGUUUCUGACUACUCAGCCCCAAGCUAUCAUAGAAACGCAUAGAGAUUAUGUUAAAGCCGGUUGUGAAAUUUUGAUCACCAACACCUACCAAGCGAGUAUUGAUGGAUUCAAGGAACAUUUGGGACUUGAAUUAGACGAGUGCUACAAUGUAAUCAAGAGGGCAGUGGAACUUGCUCGCCAAGCAGUCGACGAAGAAGCUGUAAAACAGCCGAAUACUGGUAAGAAAGUGCAGAUAGCCGGAUCGGUUGGGCCGUACGGCGCAUGCCUUCACGACGGUUCGGAGUACACGGGCGCCUACUGCGACGGUGUGACCGCCGCCGAGCUGACCGCGUGGCACCGACCGCGCAUGACCGCCCUCGCCCAGGCGGGCGUCGACCUGUUCGCCAUCGAGACCAUCCCCGCCCUCUUCGAGGCUGAAGCACUGCUGCACCUACUCAAAGAGUUUCCCGACAAAAAGGCCUGGUUGUCCUUCUCUUGCAAGGAUGGGAGCCACACUUCGCGGGGAGAUGUGUUCAAGGAGGCCGUGGAGAGGUGUUGGCAAAUCAACAGUGAACAAUUGGUGGCUGUGGGGGCGAACUGUGUGGCCCCCGCUUUGGUCAGCCCUUUGCUCAAAUCUCUCGGCAGCUUCACAUACCCCGUUAUCAUCUACGCCAACAGUGGAGAAGUAUACGAUCAUCAAGAAGGUGAUUGGAAAGAUCAAGACAAGAUAGUCGCACUGACUGAUUAUCUUCCCGAAUGGUUGGAUCUGGGAGUGACUUACAUUGGUGGUUGCUGCCGAACUACACCCACCGAUAUGAAAACAUUUAGGGAUUACAUUGAUAAUCAAUAACAAAACUUCAACAUUUGAAAAAAGUUUUCCAUUGCUUGGAGUAAAAGAGUUUACGAUAAUAAUUAUCGUCAUGUUUUUAAUUGCAUUUACAAAGUAAAUUGUAAUAAAGUGAUUUGUUGAAAAAUCAAAAA